AUGGCCGUACCAGAGCCUUCAAGGACAGAUCAAGACAAGGCCCAGCCUCUCGUCAGCUCCUCCAUUCCUGACCAGACACAGCAGUCUUCGACUCCGUUGUUCCAAGAGAUCCGCCGAUACCCCAAGAUCGUGGCCUACUCUUUCGGUCUAGCCCUCGCAUUCCUCCUCACUGGCUACGACACCGUUAUUCUCGGAACCAUCACCGCCGUCCCGUACUUCAAACGUGAAUUCGGCGAACUAUACAAUGGCUCCUAUAUUAUCCCGUCCACUUGGUUAUCCGUAUGGAGUGCAAUGGCGCCUAUCGGUUCCAUGGUUGGUGCAGCAGUAGCGGGCUGGAUGCAGGACCGCCUGGGCCGUCGCUGGUCGCUGGCUUGGAGCUGUGUCAUCUGUGCUGUCGGCAUUGCCAUUGCGUUCUGCUCCAAUCUGCCGACGGAUAAGGACUCUCGUCGGGGCGCUUUCCUCGUCGGAAGAUUGAUACAGGGAUGGGGAGUUGGAGGAGCCAUGGCGGGAGCUCAGACGUAUCUCUCGGAGACGGUGCCGACAAGCCUGCGCGGCUCUGCAAUGGCACUUUCACCGACUUUUAUGUUGCUGGGCGAGCUUAUCGGAGCUGCCGUGAUUUUUGCGUGUGAGAAGAAGAAGUCGACGGCUGCCUAUCUCGUGCCUUUUGGUACCCAGUGGAUUUUCACCGUCCUGCCAUUUAUCUUGGCUAUUGCCCUUCCCGAGAGUCCGUCCUACUUGAUUCGGAAGGGGGAGUACGAUAAAGCCCAUAGCGCGAUGAAAUCCUUGCACGGCUCACGCGUUGACGUGACACCGCUCCUUGCUCAGAUGCGUGUCUCAAUUGCUCAUGAGCAGCAACUCGCUCAAGAGCUGUCAUACCUCGACUGCUUCAAGGGGAUCAACCUUCGCAGAACUGCAAUUGUGUCAUUUGCUUUCGUGGUGCCUAGUCUUUUUGGUGUCCCGCUUCUAGCCAGUGCCAGCUAUUUCAUGCAGGUGGUUGGAAUGGCUUCAAGCACUAGUAUCAUCGUGCUUAUCCUAGGCAUUGUGCUGGGUCUCUUGGCGAAUGGAGUUGGUGUCUGGCUAAUGAGUCGUUGUGGCAGACGAAGCCUCAUGCUUAUCACGUUGGGUAUUUCGACUGCCCUGUGGACCAGUAUGGGAAUCGCUGGGUGUUGGUCCGGUAAUAUCGUUAUAUGGUAUACCGCUGCUUGCAUGAUGGCAGUUGUUGUAGUUUGUGGAAUGGGAGCGUGGCCAGCGUCCUUCGCUGUGGCUGGCGAAGCCUCCAAUCUGCGUCUCCGCGCGAAAACACAGGGUGUCGGUGUCUUGUGCUACAUGCUUGCCAAUGUAGUCUUCAACCUUGUUCUUCCUUACAUCUACAACACAGACGCAGGGGAUCUCAAGGGAAAGACUGGAUUCGUCUAUGGUGGAUGGUGCUUACUGGCCUGUGCCGUGACAUGGCUUGUUGUUCCCGAAAUGAAGGGUCGUACUGCCCUGGAGAUUGAUGCCAUGUUUGAAAGCAAGCUUUCUUGUCGGCAGUUCAAAGAUUGGUCUGCUGAUAUAGCAGAGCUUAAAGAAGGCUCCGUAUGA